AUGAGGGCGACCCGCUUGGCGCUGAUUGACAAUUACGACUCGUACACUCACAACCUCGCACAUUUAGUGAGUCUAGCAAAUGGCCCUCCCCCAACCGUCAUUCGUGCCGAUGCCUAUCCCACGCUCUCUGCCUUAACCCAAGCUCUAGGAAAUUUCGACGGCUACAUCCUCUCUCCAGGCCCAGGCACGCCGCUCAACGACAAUGACUUCCCUCAAUUGGAGCGAGACAUUCUCCAAGGUUCAACCCCAAUGCUCGGCGUCUGUCUCGGCCACCAGGCUCUGUGUGCCGCAUAUGGCAUGGAAGUCGGUCUCUCCCCAGCGGGACCGGUUCAUGGCGGCGUUUCCACUGUCACACGCGCCCCAACAGGGCAUGAUUGUCCCUUGCUCACCGGCCUUCCCCACUCGUUCCGCGCCGUCAGAUAUCAUUCGCUUGCGGCUAGUUCCUGUCAUACUCACUUUCUGAAGCCAACUGCCUGGACUGUCGACAGAGCGGAUGACGGUACCAUUCACCAAAUUCUCAUGGCCGUCCGCCACCGCACAAAGCCUUUGUUCGGCGUCCAGUUUCAUCCGGAAUCGGUUUCAUCGGAAUACGGACUGCGUCUAGUCACAAAUUUUGUCAACAUUGUUCGCGCGUGCCGUCGUCCCGCCCUCGCGCCGUGCCCAACUCCGCCAGUCGCCCCUACUUUGAAGCCAGUCACUCAAGGUACUGCCAAUUAUCGCACGUUGCUGCACCAGGUUCGCUACCUUAGCGUGUCAUCAGAGCAAUUGUUCGUGGGCUUGUACGGGAAAGAAUCUGAGGCAUUUUGGCUGGAUAGUAGCAAUGCUGUUCCCUUGGGCUCGGGAAUGUCUCGAUGCUCAUCGCCAGAAUUACCACCGGAUCCGCCGCAUAAUUGUAAUGGCGGGGAGGAGACUCCGAGCGCCGCACCAACCUCGGAGAAUGACCAAGAAAAGUCAUCCAGAGGACGUUUCUCUCUCAUGGGUGCGUGUACAGGACCGCUGUCCGAAACUAUCACCUACGAUGUCCACAAACGACUCCUCAAUGUAAGGACCAGCACAGGAUCCUCGCGCGCAUUGCACGACACAACAAUUUUUGAGUACCUCCAGUCCUGCUUAUCGGCCAGAUACGCUCCACAACACCCAGACUUACCAAUUGACAUGAAUGGUGGGUAUGUCGGGUUUUUUGGAUACGAACUGAAAAAGGACACUCCCGGAGUCAAGAGAAACGAGCACGAAUCGACACUGCCAGACGCGUGGUUUUUGUUUGCCGAUCAAGUGCUUGUAAUUGACCACGAAGAGAACAGUUUCUAUAUGGUUGCAGUCGUUCCCACCGAUUCAAAGGAGCAUUACAUUACCGCAUAUCAAUGGUUUAACGACGUCCGCUCGUUUCUCGAGAACCCUGGUGAUGUUGAGCAGCCAGUUAACGGGUUGAGUGCAUUCAGCCCAGACAGACUUGAUUCUGUGUUGCAAUUUGUUCCCGAGCGAACAAGAAGCUCGUACCUAGAGGACAUCCGCAGAUGUCUUUUUGCGAUCGAGACUGGAGAGAGUUACGAAGUAUGUCUAACAAACCGCCUGAGAACGGUUCUCCCGGGGACAACUGAAGCUGAUCCUCUGCACAUAUACCGUGCCUUGAGAUUAAUUAAUCCAGCCCCGUACGCUGCAUAUCUUCGGUUGAGUUCGGACGUGGCUGUCUGCUGCGCCUCACCAGAAAGGUUCUUACAGAUAGACUCAACAUGCGUCGUAACCUCUAAGCCGAUUAAAGGCACACUACCACGUGGUAGAACACUCCAAGAAGAUGAAGCCCUGCGAACUAUGCUCCAAAACUCUGAGAAGGAUAGGCGUGAGAACCUAAUGAUCGUUGAUUUGGUAAGAAACGACCUCAGUCGCACAUGCGCGGUCGGCUCUGUCCAAGUCCCACGCCUCAUGCACGUGGAGUCGUACGCAUCCGUUCAUCAGCUAGUGACAACUGUCACUGGAGUCCUUAAUCGACCAGGUGACGCACUGAAGUGUAUUCAAGCUGCAUAUCCGAUGGGUUCGAUGACUGGAGCACCAAAGGUUAGAACGAUGGAAAUUAUUGACGAACUUGAGAAUUCUCCUCGUGGAAUAUAUUCAGGAAGCAUUGGGUAUCUCAGUCUGAGUGGCGCUGCAGACUUAAACGUAGUCAUAAGGACGGCUGUGGUGAAUGCAAAUCAAGUUGAAAUUGGGGUAGGAGGAGCUAUUAUUGCUCUGAGCAGUCCAGCGGCGGAAUACGAGGAGCUCAUUCUCAAGGGAGGUGCAAUCAUGCGCGCAGUGGCUCUACAAUCGACAGGGCGAGAAGACUAUGUCGUAUUGCAUGAACACAGCAAGAUGCCGUAG